AUGACUGCUUUAUCCGCGGCCUUUGUAGGGUCUUUGGGACCUGGUACACGAAUUCAAUUGCGCUGUACGCGUCAGCAGUCAAGAGUCCCUCUGGGGAGCGGUGGAGCGAGUGCUCGGAGCAGUUUGCGCGCGGGACGUCCACGGCGCCUCGCGUGCUGCGCGCCGGAGGCCAGCGGUCUCUCUGAGCCUAUCUUUCAGACGAGGACCUCAGCUGAUGCUGAGCACGCCAGUUUUCCAAACGGUCGCAGUGUUCCGAGGAAAGAGUCUGGAGCCGCGUUGCCGGAAGACACCGGCGAGCACGCUGGGAGCCUACCAGCUUCGUUGCCUGUCGACGUGCCGUCACUUGGGACCGCCCCAGAGAGAACCAGUUACUCUGUUUGUCCCGAGCUGUUGUCGUCGACCGCAAGCACUUUCCGACCGUUUACUCCGACCGAGGCGUUUGGUGGCCUUGGCGUCUCGUGGGACGAGCUGGAGCCCCCGCAGCUCGGGGAACGGCUCUCGAUUUUCCAGCGGGUAGCCGCUGACGUCGGGCCGGAAGCGUGGGCGCGAAUUGCCUCUGCUGAGAAAAUGGACGGUGACGAGGAUGAACAGCUCGCCACGGCGGAGGGCUUCGACCGACUGCGGAAGCACCAGUUGCUGUUUGAUUUCGAAAUAAACCCCUGCCGCAAAGAAGAGGCUCGCGAGAUGCUCAUCCAUCGAAUGCGCAAAACGCGGCAGCGCAUACUGUAUUUGCAGAAGGAGAUUGACAAGCUUCCGGAGCGACUGGAGAAACUCAUUGCCGAACUGGAUGUAUGCACAGAGCGCGGCGAUCGACGGCGGCGUCAGGACGUGCUAGCGCUCGGGAACCGCCUCUGGGCGCGACAUCAUGAACUGAUCGACAUCAUCGCACGGGAGGAAGUGCGCAUGGAAGAGUACUUGUAUGUCUGGGGGCGUCUGCGUUGUAGCGAUGACUCGGCGGAUGUAACUCAAAUUGGGGUGUGA